CACUUCAGUCCGGGGAACCGCGGUGCGAGCUCCAGGCCCGUACACCGAGGAGGCGGAAACGAGGGGAGCCCCCAGAGCAGCAUCAGGCCCCUCCAAAGUCUUCCCCACCCGGUCCACGCCCCCCACCCCCACCCCGCCUCCUCCCAAUUGUGCAUUUUUGCAGCCGGAGGCGGCUCCGAGAUGGAGCUGUGAGCUUCGCCUGGGGAGGGGGGGGAAGAGGAGCGAGGAGUACAAAACGGGGGACAGAGGGCUUGGAUUUGGGGGCCGCGGGCGCACCCCCGUCAGCAAGUCCUCCCCAAGGGGCUCUGAAUUCUCCCUCUUCACCCACGCCCCCGGUGCGCUUUGCUGAAGGAGAGAAUAAGAAUAGAGGAGAGGGGGAGGGAAAGGGGGGUCCCCCCAGUUGGGGGGGGGACAAGGGCGAGAAGUAGCAGGACCCGAGGGAGGGGGUCGCUGCUCGCAUCCGCCCCCACCAUGCUGACCCCGUCGUUGCUGUUGCUGCUGUCCCUGCUCUCCGCUCCGGUCGCCGCUGCAAUCGAGGCCCCUAAGACCUGCAGCCCCAAGCAGUUCGCCUGUAGAGACCAGGUGACCUGCAUCUCCAAGGGCUGGCGGUGUGAUGGCGAGAGGGACUGCCCUGAUGGCUCCGACGAGGCCCCUGAGAUCUGUCCACAGAGUAAAGCCCAGAGAUGCCAGCCGAACGAGCACAACUGCCUGGGCACCGAGGUGUGUGUCCCCAUGUCCCGCCUCUGCAAUGGCAUUCAAGACUGUGUGGACGGCUCUGACGAGGGGCCCCACUGCCGAGAGCUCCGGGGCAACUGCUCUCGCCUGGGCUGCCAGCACAACUGUGUCCCCACGCUCAGUGGCCCCACCUGCUACUGCAACAGCAGCUUUCAGCUGCAGGCGGAUGGCAAGACCUGCAAAGACUUCGACGAGUGUUCCGUGUACGGUACCUGCAGCCAGCUCUGCACCAACACCGACGGCUCCUUCACAUGCGGCUGCGUUGAGGGGUAUCUGCUGCAACCAGACAACCGCUCCUGCAAAGCCAAGAAUGAGCCAGUGGACCGACCCCCUGUGCUGCUGAUCGCCAACUCCCAGAACAUCCUGGCUACAUACCUGAGUGGGGCUCAGGUCUCUACCAUCACGCCCACCAGCACUCGACAGACAACAGCCAUGGACUUCAGCUACGCCAAUGAGACUGUAUGCUGGGUGCACGUUGGAGACAGUGCUGCCCAAACACAACUCAAGUGCGCCCGCAUGCCUGGCCUGAAGGGUUUCGUGGAUGAGCACACCAUCAACAUCUCCCUCAGUCUGCAUCACGUGGAGCAGAUGGCCAUUGACUGGCUGACGGGCAACUUCUACUUCGUGGAUGACAUCGAUGACAGGAUCUUUGUCUGCAACCGAAAUGGGGACACAUGUGUCACUCUGCUGGACCUGGAACUUUACAACCCCAAGGGCAUCGCCCUGGACCCAGCCAUGGGGAAAGUGUUCUUCACUGACUAUGGACAGAUCCCCAAGGUGGAACGCUGUGACAUGGAUGGGCAUAACCGCACCAAACUGGUGGACACUAAGAUUGUGUUUCCUCACGGCAUCACAUUGGACCUGGUCAGCCGCCUGGUCUACUGGGCAGACGCCUACCUGGAUUACAUCGAAGUGGUGGACUAUGAGGGCAAGGGCCGGCAGACCAUUAUCCAAGGCAUACUGAUUGAGCAUCUGUACGGCCUGACGGUGUUCGAGAACUACCUCUACGCCACCAACUCUGACAAUGCCAACGCCCAGCAAAAGACCAGUGUGAUCCGCGUGAACCGCUUCAACAGCACUGAGUACCAGGUGGUCACCCGUGUGGACAAGGGUGGUGCCCUGCACAUCUACCACCAGCGCCGUCAGCCCCGAGUGCGGAGCCACGCUUGUGAGAAUGACCAGUAUGGGAAGCCAGGCGGCUGCUCUGACAUCUGCUUGCUGGCCAACAGCCACAAGGCGCGGACCUGCCGCUGCCGCUCCGGCUUCAGCCUGGGCAGCGAUGGGAAGUCAUGCAAGAAGCCAGAGCAUGAGCUGUUCCUUGUGUACGGCAAGGGCCGGCCGGGCAUCAUCCGGGGCAUGGAUAUGGGGGCCAAGGUCCCUGACGAGCACAUGAUCCCCAUUGAGAACCUCAUGAACCCCCGGGCCCUGGACUUCCAUGCCGAGACGGGCUUCAUCUACUUUGCCGACACCACCAGCUACCUCAUUGGCCGCCAGAAGAUUGAUGGCACCGAGCGGGAGACCAUCCUGAAAGACGGCAUCCACAAUGUGGAAGGUGUGGCUGUGGACUGGAUGGGUGACAAUCUCUACUGGACGGACGAUGGACCUAAGAAGACCAUCAGCGUGGCCAGGCUGGAGAAAGCUGCCCAGACACGCAAGACCUUAAUCGAGGGCAAAAUGACUCACCCCAGGGCCAUCGUGGUGGAUCCGCUCAAUGGGUGGAUGUACUGGACAGACUGGGAGGAGGACCCCAAGGACAGCCGGCGAGGGCGGCUGGAGAGGGCCUGGAUGGACGGCUCCCACCGAGACAUCUUUGUCACUUCCAAGACGGUGCUUUGGCCUAAUGGGCUGAGCCUGGACAUCCCAGCUGGGCGCCUCUACUGGGUGGAUGCCUUCUACGACCGCAUUGAGACCAUUCUGCUCAAUGGCACAGACCGGAAGAUUGUGUAUGAGGGUCCUGAGCUGAACCAUGCCUUUGGCCUGUGUCACCAUGGCAACUACCUCUUCUGGACUGAGUACCGCAGUGGCAGUGUCUACCGCUUGGAGAGGGGUGUGGGAAGUGUGCCCCCCACCGUGGUCCUUCUACGUAGUGAGCGGCCACCCAUUUUUGAGAUCCGCAUGUAUGAUGCUCAGCAGCAGCAAGUGGGCACCAACAAGUGCCGAGUAAACAAUGGUGGCUGCAGCAGCUUGUGCCUGGCCACUCCCGGGAGCCGCCAGUGUGCCUGCGCGGAGGACCAGGUGUUGGACACGGAUGGCGUCACAUGCUUGGCGAACCCAUCCUACGUGCCCCCACCCCAGUGCCAGCCGGGCGAGUUUGCCUGUGCCAACAGUCGCUGCGUCCAGGAGCGCUGGAAGUGCGAUGGAGACAACGACUGCCUGGACAACAGCGACGAGGCGCCGGCCCUCUGCCAUCAACAUACCUGCCCCUCUGAUCGAUUCAAGUGUGAGAACAACCGGUGCAUCCCCAACCGCUGGCUCUGUGAUGGGGACAACGACUGCGGGCACAGUGAGGAUGAGUCCAAUGCCACUUGUUCAGCUCGCACCUGCCCCCCCAAUCAGUUCUCAUGCGCCAGUGGCCGCUGCAUCCCCAUCUCUUGGACAUGUGAUCUGGAUGAUGACUGUGGGGACCGCUCUGAUGAAUCAGACUCUUGUGCCUAUCCCACCUGCUUCCCCCUGACUCAGUUCACCUGCAACAAUGGCAGAUGUAUCAACAUCAACUGGAGAUGUGACAACGACAAUGACUGUGGGGACAACAGUGACGAGGCCGGCUGCAGCCACUCCUGCUCCAGCACCCAGUUCAAAUGCAACAGUGGGCGCUGCAUCCCUGAGCACUGGACCUGCGACGGGGAUAAUGACUGUGGGGACUACAGCGACGAGACACAUGCCAACUGCACCAACCAGGCCACGAGGCCUCCUGGUGGCUGCCACACAGAUGAGUUCCAGUGCCGGCUGGAUGGACUGUGUAUUCCCCUGCGGUGGCGCUGCGACGGGGACACAGAUUGCAUGGACUCGAGUGAUGAGAAGAGCUGUGAGGGCGUGACCCAUGUCUGUGACCCCAACGUCAAGUUCGGCUGCAAGGACUCAGCUCGGUGCAUCAGCAAAGCGUGGGUGUGCGAUGGCGACAAUGACUGCGAGGACAACUCAGAUGAGGAGAACUGCGAGUCCCUGGCCUGCCGGCCACCCUCACACCCCUGCGCCAACAACACCUCCGUCUGCCUACCCCCUGACAAGCUGUGUGACGGCAACGAUGACUGCGGGGAUGGCUCGGAUGAGGGCGAGCUCUGCGACCAGUGCUCUCUGAAUAACGGGGGUUGCAGCCACAAUUGUUCGGUGGCACCCGGUGAAGGCAUCGUGUGCUCCUGCCCCCUGGGCAUGGAGCUGGGGCCCGACAACCACACCUGCCAGAUACAGAGCUACUGUGCCAAGCACCUCAAGUGCAGUCAGAAGUGUGACCAGAACAAGUUCAGUGUCAAGUGCUCCUGCUACGAGGGCUGGGUCCUGGAACCCGACGGCGAGAGCUGCCGCAGCCUGGACCCCUUCAAGCCAUUCAUCAUCUUUUCCAACCGCCACGAGAUCCGCCGCAUCGACUUGCACAAAGGAGAUUACAGUGUCCUGGUGCCCGGACUGCGCAACACCAUUGCCCUGGACUUCCACCUCAGCCAGAGCGCCCUCUACUGGACCGAUGUGGUAGAGGACAAAAUCUACCGGGGGAAGCUGCUGGACAACGGAGCCCUGACCAGCUUCGAGGUGGUGAUACAGUAUGGCCUGGCCACCCCCGAGGGACUGGCGGUAGACUGGAUCGCAGGCAACAUCUACUGGGUGGAGAGCAACCUGGACCAGAUCGAGGUGGCCAAGCUAGAUGGCACCCUUCGCACCACCCUGCUGGCUGGAGACAUAGAGCACCCCCGGGCCAUUGCCCUGGACCCCCGGGAUGGGAUCCUGUUCUGGACAGACUGGGAUGCCAGCCUGCCUCGAAUUGAGGCAGCUUCCAUGAGUGGGGCCGGGCGUCGCACUGUCCAUCGGGAGACGGGCUCCGGGGGCUGGCCCAAUGGGCUCACUGUGGACUACCUGGAAAAGCGCAUCCUGUGGAUUGAUGCCAGGUCAGAUGCCAUUUACUCAGCCCGUUACGACGGCUCCGGCCACAUGGAGGUGCUCCGGGGACACGAGUUCCUGUCGCACCCGUUUGCAGUGACGCUGUAUGGGGGGGAGGUGUACUGGACCGACUGGCGUACCAACACGCUGGCCAAGGCCAACAAAUGGACCGGCCACAAUGUCACAGUGGUUCAGAGGACCAACACCCAGCCCUUUGACCUGCAGGUCUACCACCCAUCCCGGCAGCCCAUGGCUCCCAAUCCGUGUGAAGCCAACGGGGGCAGGGGCCCCUGUUCCCACCUGUGUCUCAUCAACUACAACCGGACAGUCUCCUGCGCCUGCCCACAUCUCAUGAAACUACACAAGGACAAUAUCACCUGCUAUGAGUUUAAGAAAUUCCUGCUGUAUGCGCGCCAGAUGGAGAUCCGGGGCGUGGACCUCGAUGCCCCCUACUACAACUAUAUCAUCUCCUUCACGGUGCCCGACAUCGACAAUGUCACAGUGCUGGACUACGAUGCCCGCGAGCAGCGUGUGUACUGGUCCGAUGUGCGAACCCAGGCCAUCAAACGAGCCUUCAUCAAUGGCACGGGAGUGGAAACAGUGGUCUCUGCAGACCUGCCAAACGCCCAUGGGCUGGCUGUGGACUGGGUCUCCCGGAAUUUGUUCUGGACAAGCUACGACACCAACAAGAAGCAGAUUAACGUGGCUCGGCUGGAUGGCUCCUUUAAGAAUGCAGUGGUGCAAGGCCUGGAGCAGCCCCAUGGCCUGGUGGUCCACCCAUUGCGGGGGAAGCUCUACUGGACAGAUGGUGACAACAUCAGCAUGGCCAACAUGGACGGCAGCAACCGCACCCUGCUCUUCAGCGGCCAGAAGGGCCCUGUGGGCCUGGCCAUUGACUUCCCCGAAAAUAAACUCUACUGGAUCAGUUCUGGGAACCACACCAUCAACCGCUGCAACCUGGAUGGCAGUGACCUGGAGGUCAUAGACACCAUGCGCAGCCAGCUGGGCAAGGCCACCGCCCUGGCCAUCAUGGGGGACAAGCUGUGGUGGGCAGAUCAGGUGUCAGAGAAGAUGGGUACCUGCAACAAGGCUGACGGCUCGGGCUCCGUGGUCCUGCGCAACAGCACCACCCUCGUGAUGCACAUGAAGGUCUAUGAUGAGAGCAUCCAGCUGGACCAUGAGGGCACCAACCCCUGCAGCAUCAACAACGGCGACUGCUCCCAGCUCUGCCUGCCCACAUCGGAGACGACACGCUCUUGCAUGUGCACAGCUGGCUACAGCCUCCGGAGCGGACAGCAGGCCUGCGAGGGUGUGGGCUCAUUUCUCCUAUACUCCGUGCAUGAGGGGAUUCGGGGAAUCCCUCUGGAUCCCAAUGACAAGUCUGACGCCCUGGUCCCUGUGUCAGGGACCUCGCUGGCUGUUGGCAUUGACUUCCAUGCUGAGAAUGACACCAUCUACUGGGUGGACAUGGGCCUAAGCACCAUCAGUCGGGCCAAGCGGGACCAGACGUGGAGAGAGGACGUGGUGACCAACGGCAUUGGUCGUGUGGAGGGCAUUGCAGUGGACUGGAUUGCAGGCAACAUCUACUGGACAGACCAAGGCUUUGAUGUCAUCGAGGUCGCCAGGCUCAAUGGUUCUUUCCGCUAUGUGGUCAUCUCCCAGGGUCUAGACAAGCCCCGGGCCAUCACUGUCCAUCCAGAGAAGGGGUACCUGUUCUGGACUGAAUGGGGUCAGUAUCCACGCAUUGAGCGCUCACGACUGGAUGGCACGGAGCGGGUGGUGCUGGUUAAUGCCAGCAUCAGCUGGCCCAACGGCAUCUCUGUGGAUUAUCAGGAUGGAAAGCUGUACUGGUGCGAUGCCCGGACCGACAAGAUAGAACGCAUUGACCUGGAGACAGGCGACAACCGCGAGGUGGUGCUGUCCAGCAACAACAUGGACAUGUUUUCCGUGUCCGUGUUCCAGGAGUUCAUCUAUUGGAGUGACCGGACCCACGCCAAUGGCUCUAUCAAGCGGGGGAGCAAGGACAAUGCCACUGACUCUGUGCCACUGCGAACGGGCAUCGGUGUCCAGCUCAAAGACAUCAAGGUCUUCAACCGGGACCGGCAGAAAGGCACCAACGUGUGCGCCGUGGCCAAUGGCGGCUGCCAGCAGCUGUGCCUGUACCGGGGCAGGGGCCAGCGGGCCUGCGCCUGUGCCCACGGGAUGCUGGCAGAAGAUGGUGCAUCAUGCCGAGAGUAUGCCGGCUACCUGCUCUACUCAGAGCGCACCAUUCUCAAGAGCAUCCACCUGUCGGACGAGCGCAACCUCAAUGCCCCCGUGCAGCCCUUCGAGGACCCAGAACACAUGAAGAAUGUCAUCGCCCUGGCCUUUGACUACCGUGCCGGCACCUCCCCCGGCACCCCCAACCGCAUCUUCUUCAGCGACAUCCACUUUGGAAACAUCCAGCAGAUCAAUGAUGAUGGCUCAGGGAGAACCACCAUCGUGGAGAACGUGGGCUCCGUGGAAGGCCUAGCCUAUCACCGGGGCUGGGACACACUCUACUGGACCAGUUACACCACGUCUACCAUCACACGUCACACCGUGGACCAGACACGCCCGGGGGCCUUCGAGCGGGAGACGGUCAUCACCAUGUCUGGAGACGACCACCCACGAGCCUUCGUGCUGGACGAGUGCCAAAACUUGAUGUUCUGGACCAACUGGAAUGAGCAGCACCCCAGUAUCAUGCGCGCAGCCCUGUCAGGUGCCAAUGUCCUGACCCUGAUUGAGAAGGAUAUCCGCACGCCCAACGGCCUGGCCAUCGACCACCGCGCUGAAAAGCUCUACUUCUCCGAUGCCACCCUGGAUAAGAUCGAGCGGUGCGAGUAUGACGGCUCCCACCGCUAUGUGAUCCUCAAGUCAGAGCCCGUGCACCCCUUCGGGCUGGCCGUGUACGGGGAGCACAUCUUCUGGACGGACUGGGUGCGACGGGCAGUGCAGCGGGCCAACAAAUACGUGGGCAGUGACAUGAAGCUCCUGCGUGUGGACAUCCCCCAGCAGCCCAUGGGCAUCAUCGCCGUGGCCAAUGACACCAACAGCUGUGAGCUUUCUCCUUGCCGCAUCAACAACGGGGGCUGCCAGGACCUGUGUCUGCUCACUCACCAAGGCCAUGUCAACUGCUCAUGCCGAGGGGGCCGCCUCCUCCAGGAAGACCUCACCUGCAGAGCGGUGAAUUCUUCAUGCCGGGAGCAGGACGAGUUUGAGUGUGCCAACGGCGAGUGCAUUAGCUUCAGCCUGACGUGUGAUGGUGUCUCCCACUGCAAGGACAAGUCCGACGAGAAGCCAUCCUACUGCAACUCACGCCGCUGCAAGAAAACUUUUCGCCAAUGCAGCAACGGGCGCUGUGUGUCCAACAUGCUGUGGUGCAACGGGGCAGAUGACUGCGGGGAUGGCUCCGAUGAGAUUCCCUGCAAUAAGACAGCCUGUGGCACAGGCGAAUUCCGCUGUCGUGAUGGGACCUGCAUCGGAAACUCCAGCCGCUGCAACCAGUUUGUGGACUGCGAGGAUGCCUCAGACGAGAUGAACUGCAGUGCGACCGACUGUAGCAGCUACUUUCGCCUGGGUGUGAAGGGCGUGCUCUUCCAGCCCUGUGAACGAACAUCACUGUGCUACGCACCCAGCUGGGUAUGCGACGGAGCUAAUGACUGCGGGGACUACAGUGACGAGCGCAACUGUCCAGGUGUGAAGCGCCCCAGAUGCCCCCUGAACUACUUCGCCUGCCCCAGUGGCCGCUGCAUUCCCAUGAGCUGGACAUGUGACAAGGAGGAUGACUGCGAGCAUGGCGAGGAUGAAGCUCACUGCAACAAGUUCUGCUCUGAGGCGCAGUUCGAGUGCCAGAACCAUCGCUGCAUCUCCAAGCAGUGGUUGUGUGACGGCAGCGAUGACUGCGGGGACAACUCCGAUGAGGCAGCUCACUGUGAAGGCAAGACGUGCGGUCCCUCCUCUUUCUCCUGCCCUGGCACCCAUGUGUGCGUGCCCGAGCGCUGGCUCUGUGAUGGUGACAAGGACUGUGCUGACGGUGCCGACGAGAGUGUCACAGCCGGCUGCUUGUACAACAGCACAUGUGACGAGCGACAGUUCAUGUGCCAGAACCGCCAGUGCAUCCCCAAACACUUCGUGUGCGACCAUGACCGUGACUGCACUGAUGGCUCGGACGAGUCCCCAGAGUGUGAGUACCCGACCUGCGGCCCCAACGAGUUCCGUUGCGCCAACGGGCGCUGCCUCAGCUCCCGGCAGUGGGAGUGUGAUGGCGAAAACGACUGUCAUGACCAAAGCGACGAGGCCCCCAAGAACCCACACUGCACCAGCCCAGAGCACAAGUGCAAUGCCUCGUCACAGUUCCUGUGCAGCAGCGGGCGCUGUGUGGCCGAGGCCCUGCUCUGCAAUGGCCAGGAUGACUGCGGCGAUGGCUCAGACGAGCGUGGCUGCCACGUCAACGAAUGUCUCAGCCACAAGCUCAGCGGCUGCAGCCAGGACUGUGAGGACCUCAAAAUCGGCUUCAAGUGCCGCUGCCGCCCUGGCUUCCGGCUGAAGGACGACGGGCGAACGUGUGCCGAUGUGGAUGAAUGCAGUACCACCUUCCCCUGCAGCCAGCGCUGCAUCAACACCCAUGGCAGCUACAAAUGUCUGUGCGUGGAGGGCUACGCCCCCCGUGGCGGCGACCCCCACAGCUGCAAAGCUGUCACUGAUGAAGAACCCUUCCUCAUCUUCGCCAACCGCUACUACCUGCGCAGGCUCAACCUGGACGGCUCCAACUACACACUGCUCAAGCAGGGCCUCAACAACGCCGUUGCCCUGGACUUUGACUACCGAGAACAGAUGAUUUACUGGACAGAUGUGACUACGCAGGGCAGCAUGAUCCGAAGGAUGCACCUGAACGGCAGCAAUGUGCAGGUGCUUCACCGGACAGGUCUCAGCAACCCCGACGGGCUGGCUGUGGACUGGGUAGGCGGCAACCUGUACUGGUGCGACAAAGGCCGGGACACCAUUGAAGUGUCCAAACUCAACGGGGCCUACAGGACGGUGCUGGUCAGCUCUGGCCUCCGCGAGCCCAGGGCCCUAGUGGUGGAUGUACAGAAUGGGUACCUGUACUGGACAGAUUGGGGUGACCACUCACUGAUUGGCCGUAUCGGCAUGGAUGGGUCUGACCGCAGCGUCAUCGUGGACACCAAGAUCACCUGGCCCAAUGGCCUGACACUGGACUACGUCACUGAGCGUAUCUACUGGGCCGACGCCCGUGAGGACUACAUCGAGUUUGCCAGCCUGGAUGGCUCCAACCGCCACGUGGUGUUGAGCCAGGACAUCCCACACAUCUUCGCGCUGACCCUGUUUGAAGACUAUGUUUACUGGACCGACUGGGAGACAAAGUCCAUCAACCGAGCCCACAAGACCACGGGUGCCAACAAGACACUGCUUAUCAGCACCUUGCACCGGCCCAUGGACCUACAUGUCUUCCAUGCCCUGCGCCAGCCAGACGUGCCCAAUCACCCAUGCAAGAUCAACAACGGGGGCUGCAGCAACCUGUGUCUGCUUUCACCGGGAGGUGGUCACAAGUGUGCUUGCCCUACCAACUUCUACCUGGGUGGUGAUGGACGCACCUGUGUGUCCAACUGCACAGCGAGCCAGUUUGUGUGCAAGAAUGACAAGUGCAUCCCCUUCUGGUGGAAGUGUGACACCGAGGACGACUGUGGGGACCACUCCGAUGAGCCCUCGGACUGUCCCGAGUUCAAGUGCCGCCCUGGCCAGUUCCAGUGCUCCACGGGCAUCUGCACCAACCCUGCCUUCAUCUGUGAUGGGGACAACGACUGCCAGGACAACAGUGAUGAGGCCAAUUGCGACAUCCACGUCUGCCUGCCCAGUCAGUUCAAGUGCACCAACACCAACCGCUGUAUCCCUGGCAUCUUUCGCUGCAACGGGCAGGACAACUGUGGUGACGGCGAGGAUGAGAGGGACUGCCCUGAAGUCACCUGCGCCCCCAACCAGUUCCAGUGCUCCAUCACCAAGCGCUGCAUCCCCCGUGUCUGGGUGUGCGACAGGGACAAUGACUGUGUGGACGGCAGUGAUGAGCCUGCCAACUGUACCCAGAUGACCUGCGGAGUGGACGAGUUCCGGUGUAAGGACUCGGGUCGCUGCAUCCCGGCGCGUUGGAAGUGUGAUGGAGAGGAUGACUGUGGAGAUGGCUCAGACGAGCCCAAGGAGGAGUGCGAUGAGCGCACCUGUGAGCCUUACCAGUUCCGCUGCAAGAACAACCGCUGUGUGCCAGGUCGCUGGCAAUGUGACUAUGACAACGACUGUGGCGACAACUCAGACGAGGAGAGCUGCACCCCACGCCCCUGCUCUGAAAGCGAGUUCUCCUGCGCCAACGGUCGCUGCAUCGCCGGACGCUGGAAGUGUGACGGCGAUCACGACUGUGCUGACGGCUCGGACGAGAAAGACUGCACCCCCCGCUGUGACAUGGACCAGUUCCAGUGCAAGAACGGCCACUGCAUCCCCCUGCGCUGGCGCUGCGACGCCGACGCCGACUGCAUGGAUGGCAGUGAUGAGGAGGCCUGUGGCACUGGUGUGCGCACCUGCCCCUUGGAUGAGUUCCAGUGCAACAACACCCUGUGCAAGCCUCUGGCCUGGAAGUGUGAUGGCGAGGAUGACUGUGGGGACAACUCGGACGAGAACCCCGAGGAGUGCUCCCGCUUUGUGUGCCCUCCCAACCGGCCCUUCCGUUGCAAGAAUGACCGCGUGUGCCUAUUGAUCGGGCGGCAGUGUGACGGCACUGACAACUGUGGGGAUGGCAGUGACGAGGAGGACUGCGAGUCCCCCACGGCCCAGAGCACCCACUGUAAGGACAAGAAGGAGUUCCUGUGCAAAAACCAGCACUGCUUAUCAUCCUCACUGCGCUGCAACAUGUUCGACGACUGCGGGGAUGGGUCUGACGAGGAGGACUGUAGCAUGGAUCCCAAGCUGACCAGCUGUGCCACCAAUGCCAGCAUCUGUGGGGAUGAGGCACGCUGUGUGCGCACUGAGAAAGCAGCCUACUGUGCCUGCCGCCCAGGCUUCCACACCGUGCCUGGGCAGCCCGGAUGCCAGGACAUCAAUGAGUGCCUACGCUUCGGCACCUGCUCGCAGCUCUGUAACAACACCAAGGGCGGCCACCUCUGCAGCUGCGCCCGAAACUUCAUGAAGACGCACAACACCUGCAAGGCUGAAGGCUCAGAGUACCAGGUCCUGUACAUCGCUGACGACAACGAGAUCCGCAGCCUAUUCCCCGGGCACCCCCACUCAGCUUAUGAGCAGGCCUUCCAGGGUGAUGAGAGCGUCCGCAUCGAUGCCAUGGACGUCCAUGUUAAGGCUGGCCGUGUCUACUGGACCAACUGGCACACGGGCACCAUCUCCUUCCGCAGCCUGCCACCUGCCGCACCUCCCACCACUUCCAACCGUCACCGGCGGCAGAUCGACCGAGGUGUCACCCACCUCAAUAUUUCAGGCCUGAAGAUGCCCAGGGGCAUCGCAAUCGACUGGGUGGCCGGGAACGUGUACUGGACCGACUCGGGCCGGGAUGUGAUCGAGGUGGCACAGAUGAAGGGCGAGAAUCGCAAGACGCUCAUCUCGGGCAUGAUCGACGAGCCACACGCCAUCGUGGUGGACCCGCUGCGGGGCACCAUGUACUGGUCCGACUGGGGGAAUCACCCCAAGAUUGAGACGGCUGCCAUGGAUGGGACACUUCGGGAGACGCUGGUGCAGGACAAUAUCCAAUGGCCCACAGGCCUGGCUGUGGACUACCACAAUGAGCGGCUGUACUGGGCCGACGCCAAGCUCUCAGUCAUUGGCAGCAUCCGGCUCAACGGCACAGACCCCAUUGUGGCCGCAGACAGCAAACGAGGCCUGAGUCACCCCUUCAGCAUCGAUGUCUUUGAGGAUUACAUCUAUGGCGUCACCUACAUCAAUAACCGCGUCUUCAGGAUCCAUAAGUUUGGACACAGUCCCUUGAUCAACCUGACAGGCGGCCUGAGCCACGCCUCUGAUGUGGUCCUGUACCACCAGCACAAGCAGCCCGAAGUGACCAACCCCUGUGACCGCAAGAAGUGCGAGUGGCUCUGUUUGCUGAGUCCCAGCGGGCCUGUGUGCACCUGUCCUAAUGGCAAGCGGCUGGACAAUGGCACCUGUGUGCCCAUACCCUCACCAACGCCCCCACCGGAUGCUCCCCGGCCUGGGACCUGCAACCUGCAGUGCUUCAACGGUGGCAGCUGCUUCCUCAACGCCCGCAGGCAGCCCAAGUGCCGCUGCCAGCCCCGCUACACGGGCGACAAGUGUGAACUGGACCAGUGUUGGGAGCACUGUCGCAAUGGGGGCACCUGUGCCGCCUCCCCCUCCGGCAUGCCCACGUGCCGGUGCCCCACAGGCUUCACGGGCCCCAGAUGCACCCAGCAGGUGUGUGCAGGCUACUGUGCCAACAACAGUACCUGCACCGUCAACCAGGGCAACCAACCCCAGUGCCGCUGCCUCCCUGGCUUCCUGGGGGAUCGCUGCCAGUACCGACAGUGCUCGGGCUACUGUGAGAACUUUGGCACAUGCCACAUGGCUGCCGAUGGUUCCCGGCAGUGCCGCUGCACUGCUUACUUCGAAGGACUCAGGUGUGAGGUCAACAAGUGCAGCCGCUGUCUCGAGGGCGCCUGCGCGGUCAACAAGCAGACUGGCGAUGUCACCUGCAACUGCACCGACGGCCGCGUGGUCCCCAGCUGCCUGACCUGUGCUGGCCACUGCAGCAAUGGCGGUUCCUGCACCAUGAACAGCAAAAUGAUGCCCGAGUGCCAGUGUCCCCCUCAUGUGACAGGACCCCGGUGUGAGGAAGAGGUGGUUAGCCAGCAGCAGCCCGGGCACAUGGCUUCCAUUCUCAUUCCUCUGCUGCUGCUGUUACUGCUGCUGCUGGUGGCUGGGGUGGUUUUCUGGUACAAACGGCGAGUCCGAGGGGCCAAGGGCUUCCAGCACCAGCGGAUGACCAAUGGAGCCAUGAACGUGGAAAUAGGAAACCCCACGUACAAAAUGUACGAAGGCGGAGAGCCCGAUGAUGUGGGAGGCCUGCUGGAUGCUGACUUUGCCCUGGACCCUGACAAGCCCACCAACUUCACCAACCCCGUGUAUGCCACACUGUACAUGGGGGGCCACGGCAGCCGCCACUCCCUGGCCAGCACGGACGAGAAGCGAGAACUCCUGGGCCGGGGCCCCGAGGACGAGAUAGGGGACCCCUUGGCAUAGAACCCUCCCCCAGAGGGCCUCCUGCCCUCCCUCUCCCCUAGCCCAAGCAGUCCUUCCGUGUGCCCCCUCCCCAGCCAGCCCUUGGCCGGCCCAGCCGGAUGUAUAAAUGUACAAAUGAAGGAAUUACUUUUUAUAUGUGAGCGAGCAAGCAAGCCAGCCAGCGAGCGAGCAAGCGAGCACAGUGUUAUCUCCUCUCAGUCCCCUCCACCUGCCCAGCCCCCAGAACUCCCAGCACUGCCUUCGGGAGGACAGGGUGGGCUCCCGGAAGGCUCCUGCAGCUUCACCAAGGUACGAGGGGGCCGCCCCCAACCCUCCCCCAGACGCACCCCACAGGGAGUGCUGACUGGUCCUGGACACUUUACCAAGGCACUCCCCUCUCACUCCCAUCCUCUCACCUUUGCCCCAGCUACCACCCCCCCUUGCUGGGGGCUCAUUCCAAGGAAGAGGGAGAGUUCUUCCAUUGCCCCUCUCUGGCUGGAAGGGAAAAGUGGAGAUGUUUAGUUCUUGGAGGAGGUUGGUCAACCCAAGCCCUAGCCCCUGCUCUAGGGGCACCUCUGAGAUGGCCCCACUCAUCACCCCUUCCAGACAGGUCCUCCCCCUCCCCGCUGCCGUUCUCCCCCUCCCCGCCCCCCCCCCAAGGCUGGAGACCUUGGUGACAGGUACCCAAGGAGGAGGAGGAGGAUCCCGCCGAGGAAGGGCAAGCGGGCAGCCCCGUUUUGGGGACCUGAACGUUUUAAUAAUUUUUGAAUUCCUUUACAACUAAAUAACACAGAUAUUGUUAUAAAUAAAAUUGUUAAAAAAAAAAAAAAAGAAAGAAAAG